CUGAGGGAGGAACUCCGACAACAGAAAGUCAACCAGGAAACGAAGCUGCUAAACUGACCCGCCGCCCCGGUGUGAAGGCUAAACGGCGGUAUUAACGGCAGGAAUCACACCGAAUAAAAGCCCAGGACUUGUAUUUAAUAUUUAAGUUAAUACAAAGCGGCGACAUGGCUUCCCUUUUCAAGAAGAAGACUGUCGACGAUGUUAUCAAGGAACAGACUCGGGAGCUGCGAUCAACUCAGAGAGGGAUCGCCAGGGACAGAACAGCGCUGGAGAAACAAGAGAAACAAUUGGAGGCUGAGAUCAAGAAAAUGGCCAAGAGUGGAAACAAGGAGGCAUGUAAGAUUCUCGCCAAGCAGCUGGUCCAGGUGAGGAGGCAGAAGGGCCGCACAUACGCAGUCAGCUCCAAGGUCACCUCCAUGUCAACGCAGACAAGGCUCAUGAACUCACAAAUGAAGAUGGCCGGCGCCAUGUCCACCACAGCUAAGACAAUGCAAGCAGUGAACAAAAAGAUGGAUCCACAGAAGACCCUGAAGACCAUGCAGGACUUCCAGAAGGAGAACAUGAAGAUGGGCAUGACCGAGGACAUGAUCAACGACACUUUGGAUGAGAUCUUUGAGGAGUCUGGGGAUGAAGAGGAAUCUCAGGACAUUGUCAACCAGGUUCUUGAUGAGAUCGGCAUUGAGAUCUCAGGAAAGAUGGUGAGAGCUCCAGCUGCAGGAAAGAGCGUCCCCAGCGCCGCCAGCUCCAAACAGGCCACCAUCUCUGAUGACGAGAUCGAGAGGCAGCUCAAAGCUCUGGGAGUGGACUAAUUGUCUUCUCUGUAUUAAUGUUCACAUUACAAACAUGUGCAACAUUAAUACUGAUUGAUACAGACUCUUUUAGACACAUUGGUUUUCUCAUUGUUGAAAUGCUACAGGUGUAACAAAUGGUGCACACCAACACACACAUUAAGACAUUCAAAGGCAUGCAGGCAGACAUGUAUACUAACACGCAGAUAGUCACACAUUCUUUGGCAGGUUGCCUUACAGGUCAUGAGGGCAGAACAUCUGAUCUAUUUCUGCGAAAAAUAAUAUUUAUUAUGACACUGAAGUGGCGUAAAUAACAGAUGUUUGACCUUAAGAGCUCAGAACCACCUACGCUGUUGUUUACCACCCAUCUCUGUCUUUAUAAGGGCUACAGUAUAUGAGACCAUGGAACUGGCUUUUUCUCAUCUGAUGUUUUGGCCUAACUUUAGUUAUUCAUGUAAUAUAUCAGCUUUUGGCUGGCUGAAGAUGGAUGGUCCUUCUCCAGCAUGUUCUAAUGAGUAAAACAUGCUAAUUAAAAAGAGCUUAGGGGUCUUUGGUAACCAGAUGGAACUUGUAUUUUUCCUACUCACACCGUUUACGUGAUUCACUCCCUCUGAGGCAAACUAUCCUCUACUCCAUGUGCAUGUUUCAUAACUAUAUGCGUAAAAUAUUCCAGUGUGUCAGAAAUGGGACACAGUUACUUUACGGUGCAGGUGGAAAGGAAAAGGAGUGGUCAAGGAGCUCGUUAAUGAUCAUGUUUUUUAAAUCCUUCGGUACGCUAAUGUAGUUACAAGAGAUGAUGUAACUCAGACAAACAUGCAUGUGAAAUGUAUAAAUAACCAGGCCUUCACUUUACUUCAACAUAAUGCAUGAGAUUGGGAGACGGGUUGAUCUGAGGGCAAGCAUUUAAUUUGUGGGACUUCCUAAAAACAUGGGGUUUCACCCAGUUGGACGCAGUUCAGCAAACUAAUGUUCACACUUUAGAUGAUAACCUGCGAGCACCUUUGUAAGACUGCAGAACAAAAAUCCAGAAUAAUUUCAGUUUGAUGAAAAUUAGAAGCAGGACUGAGUGUCAAAGUAUGGGCUAAUUUUAUUUAUAAUGCUUGGAAAAUUAGACAAACUAGACUGAAUAAUACGUGCUACAAAUAUGAAGGCAUACAGAAUAUACAAUUCAUGGUGUCCUAUAGCCUGUAUAUUUGGUCUCAUACCUAUAUUGACUACAUGAAAACUGGCGAGACUCCCCAUGACCCAAUGUGAGCUUACAAUAACGUGCAUCAGGCAUGUGCGUCACAGAAGGUAACACGCCACCGCCGAAUGAAGCCCAAUGUUUUUAGGGAGUCCCUUUAAUUUGCACCACCGAAGAUGCUUUGCUGUACAGAUUGUGUGAGGAAACUGUACCAAACACAAUGAGGACUAAUGUAAGACUGGCAUAUCAAAGAGUUUUGAGUCAAUUGUUUGAUGCUACUGAGUAAUCAUUUAGGUUUUUCUUGGUUGAACUGAUUGUGUAUCUUAUAUCGGACAUGGGUUUUACAGUGAUUGUAGGAUGGCACUGUUCCUGCAGUCCCUCCUCUCUUUCAGCUGCUGUGCAGUUACUGUCAUAUGUUAUUUUAAACUGCCUCACUCACAAACACACACACGUACACACACACACUACAGCAACAAAUUGAUGGAAGUGUUUGCUAAAAUUACACUGUGAUCCAAGAGAUGUUUUCUCUUCAGAGCUGAAGCUGGCUCUUAUAUACAGUGAUUUGUCAAUGUCAGCCGGCUUCGUAAGAGCGACAGGGAUAUAUUAAGUCAUAUUAAGUCUUUGUCUUUCUCUCUGGCCUUUUGUUCCCCACAUUUAUUCCUGUUGCCAAAACAGAGUGAAUAUGUUUUCAUUCUUGCAUGUAUCUAACAAAACACAGUCCAGUGAAUUUCCCUAAAUCAUCCUUUCCUUUACCUUUUAACAGUCUGUCGUGAUAGUCAGUGGAAACAAUGCUUUAACAGAUUUCGGCAUUGUUUGAGUGCAGUUCCAUAAUAAGGAAAUUUCCACACUUUUUAAAAGGUGUACGUAUACUCGUCUUUAUUUGUUUAGUCAUUGUAAAGUGACUCUGUAAAGGGUUUAAGGCUUUUAUAAUGAAUAAAGUUUCUUCAGGUA